AUGAUGGCAGACCCAUUUGAAGUGCGCAUGCGCUUUACAGCGCAACUGCAGCACUUAAAUGCAUCUGUCACCUCAUCGCAGAAAGCCGCACAUUAUGCGCUCAAAUACCGCGAUAUGGACGAAGAUCUACACUCUUGUAUUCUAGAGCAACUUGAAAGAAAUAAUAUGAACAACAGAGCCAACAUCUUAUACUUCAUCGAACACUUCUGCGAAAUGGCUACCAAGGAAAACCACCUCCAGUACGUCCGCAUGAUCCAACGAGACAUAUUCCGUGUCGUGGACUCUGUUGCACCAGCAGACGGGUCGGGUGCUGCGAAUGUAAAGCACGUUCGUCGAGUCCUCAAUGGUCUUCAGAACAAAGAGGUACUCUCUGCUGAAACGGUAGCCGAGUUCGACGCAGCUCUAAAAGAGCGAGAAACGCACCCGGCGCACCUUGACUUGGAGGCUGAGGAGGAAGAGGAAGCUGGUUCGAAGUCGAAGGCUGGAACUCCGCGCGGCUCCAGGGCCAACGGCAUUCGUGUGGACAAAAGACAGAUCGAGCAACGGAUCGAGGAAGAUCGCGAGCGCAACAAACGGCUACGAGAGAGUAUGUGGACUGUCCGAGGAGAUGAUACUGAUGAACACCGAAAGUUCUGGGAUGAAACCAGCGACAUUGGCGAAGAUGAUUUUACAGCUGCGCAUGAGGAACUGAUGGAACGAAACGAAAUGGUUAGCGCUGUUUAA